AUGGCCUCAUCAGCAUCUGGAGCGCCACCUUCCUUCACUUCAUUAUCACCGCCACCUCCGCGAAUUCAAGGAGGGACCCUUCUCCCGGCGCAAAGCUCUCCUUUCCAGCCUCGGUUCACCGGGACCGGCACCAUCCUGAUAGACCGCUGCGCCGUGGCACACUACACGCUCAUCGACUAUGGCACAUUGGCGUAUUACGCCCCGUUCAUUGGGUGCAUCGACAGCCAGCCCGACUGCUGCCCGUUCACCCCAGAGACUCCCGUCCAGGGGACAAACGCCUCAGUGUAUCCCCAGCCACAUGAUGCGAGCGAGGCAGUCAUGAACAGAUGCCCGGCGGACUACUACUCAGUGUCCGGAAGCUGUUGCCCCAACGGCUUCACUCCGUGGACCACCCUCCUGGGAGGGGAAACGCCGUGCCACAGUUCCGUUACGGAGGACAUGACGCCGCCGCCGAUCACGACAACGAUCAACGCUGCGGCUUCAGUAGCGUCCAAGUCCACAGUGACUGUAUCGCGCACCGUGUUCGCACUGCAGUAUGCCGUCGAGGAUGACGGGUCACGCUACUCCCCGGGACAGAUCGCCGGCAUCUUUGUCGGCGCGGCGACUGGUCUCGGUCUGCUGCUUGGAGCGGCCAUACUGGCGUGCACCUACUUGAAGGCGGUCCGAAAUCGCAAGCGCGAGAAGGAUCUACACGCCAACUUUCUCGGUCCCGCUCAGGGCGUCUCCGACCUGCCCGCGUCCCCCGAUGCUGUGCAUCGCGCAGAUCUCGUACCUCCACCAGCCUACAGCUAUCCUGUGCUGGAUCCUCUGCCUAUGGCCGAGCUUCCGGCAGCCAACACUGCGCCGGUGGAGCUGCCGGCCACGCCGGUAGCGGGACUCGUUCGCCCUCCGUACGAGCUGCCAGCUGAGGAUCGCCGGAUCGCCUCCACGCCCCGCCAACCGCCCAGCACCUCCACAACGCCUCCCAGAUUCUACCGCAGGAGGAGCCGCUCGGCCGGCAACGCAAACAGGGCUGGCCAGCGUGACCCCGGAUCCAGCAUCUGCAACACCCCCGUCCAAUACUACCGCGGUAGGCCGAAAUUCGAAGCCCCGCCCCCGACCCAGCAGAGCAGCGGCGGCGCGAGCGGGUCAUCCGUCCGACUUUACAGAGGAAAUCCCAGACUUUCCCUCUUCGCACCAGCCCGCCGGCCCAGUCCUGAUCAGCAGCCACUGGUGGGAGGGGAGCCGUGCUCGGACGGAGGAGUCACGCCUUCGGACGGAGAAGCGACACCCAUCGGCCGGGAGAUCGCGCCCCCGGAGAGCGAAGUGGCGCCUCCAGGACGAACACUGAUGCCCCCGGCUAUUCGCGGAGUGAAUUGGGAACUGCGAGUGUCCCAUCUGACACACCCGCUGCGUGAGAUCAGGCGCCGGUAG